UUCUUUUUUUGCUCGACUCCGAGUCCUUGUUUCGUUUUUAGGCAAAAACAAAAGUCAUCCAGGAACGUCUGUUUUAAGCAGCAUGAUAAUGAUCCUGAGCUUCUGGUGACUCAGUGGGUGCCAUGCAGAGACGCCACAGUAGUAACACAGAUGGCAUGCCACCUGAAAGGAACAGGAGUCAGACGCUCGGAUCCGAGAGCAGCCUGGAUGAAGGAGGUGUGUUUGACUGUUUAAAGCCCGAGUCUCCCGCUUCGCCCCAGCAGCUCUUCUCAGGCCUGGUGGGCGUGUCUGCAAGUGCCGUGACCUCAGCCCCUUUCCAGGCUGCUGGACUCGUCCUUGGUUCUCCUCCGGAGGUCUUCAUCCAGAUGACUACUUCGUCGCGGGAGGAAGGAUCUCACCGGGCAGAGAAUGCGGCGUUUCUUCCUCGCCCUGCCCAGCAUCAUCAUCACCAUCAUCAUCAUUUCCACCAGUCGGGGCAGCACCGCUCCGCCCUGCUUCAUUCAGCGUCGUCGGCUGAGAGGCGGAGCAGCAGGGAUGAUGGAGGUCAGAAGCGAGACGAAGCGUCUGCUCCGGCUCCUGCUCUGUCCGAGCUGAAAGCUGUGGUCUCGUGGCUGCAGAGAGGAUUCCCCUUCAUCCUCAUCCUCCUCAUUAAAGUCUGUUUCCAGCACAAGCUCGGUAUCGCUGUGUGCAUUGGCAUGGCCAGUACAUUCGCCUUCGCUAAUUCAACUCUAAAGCACCAGGUGUCGCUCCGGGAAGAGCGGUCCAUCUUUGUGGCUCUUUGGAUCGUGGUGUUCCUCGCAGGAAACAUUGUGUACGUGUAUUACACGUUCAGCACCGAGGAGCUGCACAACAGUCUGAUCUUUGCCAAGCCGAACAUUAACAGUUAUGAUUUCUUCGACCUGAUCUGGGUGGUCGGAAUCACCGACUUCGUGCUCAAGUACUUCACCAUCACUGUCAAGUGCCUCGUUCUCUUCCUCCCCAAAAUCCUACUGGCUUUCAAAUCCAGAGGGAAGCUCUAUCUGCUUAUCGAGGAGUUCAGUCAGCUCUUUCGCGCUCUGGUGCCCAUCCAGAUGUGGUACAAGUACAUCAUGGGUGAGGAUCCAUCCAGCAGCUACUUCCUGGGCGCAGCGUUGAUUAUCAUAUACAGCCUGUGUAAGUCAUUUGACCUCUGUGGAAGAAUAUCAGGGAUUCGAAAAGCCUUCGUCGUGCUCUGUAGCUCGCAGAGUUAUGGUAUGAGGGCCAGCACACAGCAGUGCAGUGAGGCAGGAGAUGUGUGUGCAAUCUGCCAGGCUGAGUUCAGAGAGCCGGUUGCUCUGCUCUGUCAGCAUGUGUUCUGUGAAGACUGUCUGUGUCUGUGGUUCGACCGAGAACGGACGUGUCCGCUGUGCCGAGCGGUCGUCGUGGAAACACCACGCAGCUGGAAGGAUGGCACCACGUCUGCACACUUCCAGAUCUACUGAUCAGAUGUGAUGUUUAAUUCCCAUUAAAGCACUCUGGGGGGGAUAAUCGGUUCCUAGAUAUCGACAGCAUCAGUGCUUACAUUCAGACAAUAUAACUAUGACACGCUUUACAGUCACGCUGAUGGAAAUCAUAUUGUAGGGUUUAGAAACGGAAAAGAUGCCUCGAGCUGCGUAAAGGCUGGAUUUAUUUAUAACCACGUCCGGAUUCACAGAGUCCCGUCCCGACUCGUAGCAUGGACUUGAUCUCACUCCUUUUUUUUUUUUUUCCAUCUGUUGGAGGGAACUUUGUUCUGUUCUUCUGUAUCAUCGUUUAUUAAACAUAUAUCUCUGAUCUAAAACAACACCUUCGAGAAAGGAAAAGACUCCUCCGGUUAUACGCUGUUGCCCUCUUACUGUUUCUCCAUCGCAGCAAAAUGCGAAAGUUGUUCAGUAAUAUCGGAAUGCAUGAUGAUCUCUGACUGUACUUUCAUUUUUAUUGACUUGAUUUAAUAAAAGCCUCUUUAAAUAACAAAAAAAAAGAAA